UCAACAAACAAACAAACAAAUGAUGAUGAUGAGGAAGAACAUUUUAAAUUUAUUUUAAAUUCAUGGCUAAAUAUAUAAUAGAGAAAAAAAAAUAUUACAAUGGCAUCCUCGUCAUCAUCCAGUAUGGAUCUAUUAUCAUCAAUGAUUUGGUCACCAUAUCAUGCAAUACAACAGGCUGUUUUACCAUUUUAUCAUCGAUCAUCUGGUCCAAUUUCUAUUAUCGACCUCAAUAAUGAUUGUUUAUGGACAAUUUAUUCAUUUUUAGAUUUUGAUGAUCUUGUUCGUUGUCGACGUGUUUGUCAUCGUUUUUUAUCAACAAUUGAUGAUUAUUUAAAAUUAAUGAAAAAUUUUGUCUAUGAUUGUCAUUUAAAUGGUUUACAACUUCGUCAUGGUCAAUAUCAAUUCGAUAUUCGUUCAUUUGAAUUUUGGUUAGAACAUAUGCCAUCAAUUCAACGGAUACGUUUUGAACAAUGUCGUAUAAUGCGUAAUGCUCUUACACAUUGUCAAUUUAAUCUAUUCGAUUCAAUAUCGGCAUUAGUUACCGAUUUAAAAGAAUUACAUCUUGGACGUGCUUUAUUCAUCAAUCAACAUUCAUUAUCACAAUUGAUUCAUGCAUUUCCAUCAUUAACACAUCUUACAAUCACUAUUUAUGAUGAACAUUUAUUAUCACAAAUUAUUUCAGGAUUUCAACAAUUAUAUUAUCUAAAUCUUGAUGAAAGUAUUCUUUACAAUUUUUCAUCAGCAUUGAGAAAUUUACCAUCAUCUAUUCGUGUAUUGAUUCCACCAGUAGAUUUAAAGAAUGAAAAAUCUCAAGUUCUCAAAUCGAUUUGUGAUGGACACGGAAUUAAUCUGGAACGAUUGGAAAUACGCGCAACAAUUCAUAAUUUAUUUGAUGAUCGUCAUUAUUUCGAUAUGAUUGGCCAGAUGCUUGUCAAACUGCAAUGGCUUCAAUUGGAUCUUUCUUGUGCGGCCAUUUUCCAUCCACAAUUAGCAUUAGAUGGUCAUCAACAACAAGAAAUCAAUAAUAAUGAUCAUGAAUAUGGACAAAAUAAUCACCAUCCUCAUGAUUAUGAACCGAAUUCUGAUGAAUGUUUAAAUUUAAUUUCUGGUCUUCAUCAUCUUGUUAAUCUUCGUGUAUUGAUAUUGAAAGAAAAAGAUUAUUUCGAUGAAAAUCAUAAUGAUGAUCAUGAAGAUGAUGGUUUUUUGACGAUUAAUCAAUCUCAACAAUAUCGUAGUCUGUUUGAUGAUUUUUCCCUGUUGAAAAUAUUUAAAAAUUGUUCAAAAUUAAUAAUGCUUUCAAUAUCAUCAUCACUUUGUUGCAAUCGUAGGGAUUAUGCACAUUAUACAAUGAAUCGUAAACAAGAUGAUUAUACUAUAAAUCGUAUAUUGAACCGAUGCUUUAGUCAACUUCAAAAACAGCAAAUAAUAGAUGAAGAUGGCAAUAAUUGUGAUUGUGAUAUACCGAUAAAUCAUUCUAGUCAUCAUAUGAACAAUAAUAAAAAUGUCUAUGAUUCAAAUGAUAAUAAUAACUAUUCAAAUAUAAUUGUUUCAUCUAAAUUGUCACCGACAUCAAUCAGUGAUCAUUCAUUAUCUACAUUAAAUCAAUAUCUUCCUGAUUUACGAAUUUUAAGACUUCGUGGUGUUUGUAUUGGACAACGUUCAUUAUUAGCCAUACAGAAUCUAAAACGUUUACAAUUUCUUCGAUUAGAUUCGAUACGAUUUAAUCGUCAGGAAAAAUCUUCAAUCAAAGAAUCAUUCAGCGAAUUAAUGCAAACACUUACAUCCGAUAUGUAUCAAUCGAAUGAACAUUGUAAACAACAUCGUCAACAUCGAACAUCAAUUCAUUUGACAAACAUUCCAAUGAUUUAAAACAAACAAUUGUUUAUGUUUUAUACAUUUCAUUUUCAGACAUUUUUUAUAAUCAUCAUUUUAUUCAUUUAAAAUGAGUU